AGCAUAGGAUCUCUAUAAAGAGACUUUCUACUGCUCUUUCACUCCGACAACACCUCUCUCUCUAAUUCAUGCAAAGAAGAUCAUGGAGCUUGGUUUAAGCUUAGGAGAUGCUUCAAAGCCAUUUGGGUACAUGGAUAAAUCCAGAGAUAUCACCAGAACCACCAGCAGCAGCUUAGGAUUUUGCAUGGCCUUAUCCAUUGGUCCAAAUCCUACAAAUCAGCAAGAAUUAGAACAACAACACAGCAACGAUACUUCUACAGAUUCAGAACCAACUACCAAAAUCAACACGCCAACUACUUUCUCCCCCGUAGAUCCACCUUUGAUCCAGCUUGAUCUUUUACCCAACACUCCUGUCCCUCGCAGCAACCACCAUGCCCUUCCUUGGCCCUCCUCCGAUUACGGGAGUUGUGAAGCGGCUUCAUCAGGGAACAUGACCAGAUCAGGGUUUGAUGUGAAUAGGCUCCCAGCUGUUGAGGAGGCUGAGGAUGGGGCUGCACUUUCAUCUUCACCUCCCAACAGUGCCGCUUCAUCGUUUCAGAUGGAUUUUUGCAUAUACAGUAAAACUGGAAAUCAAGAAGCUGAGGUUGAUAGAGCUUCUUCUAGAGCUAGUGAUGAAGAUGACAACGGCAGUACCAGGAAAAAACUCAGGCUCUCCAAGGAACAGUCUGCUUUCCUUGAAGAAAGCUUCAAAGAACACAAUACUCUCAAUCCUAAACAAAAGCUUGCACUUGCAAAGCAGCUUAAUCUCCGUCCUCGACAAGUAGAAGUCUGGUUUCAGAACAGAAGAGCAAGGACCAAAUUGAAGCAAACCGAGGUGGAUUGUGAGUAUUUGAAGAGAUGUUGCGAGACAUUAACAGAAGAGAACAGAAGACUUCAUAAGGAGCUUCAAGAAUUGAGAGCUUUAAAAACUUCAAAUCCAUUCCACAUGACACUACCUGCCACCACUCUAACCAUGUGCCCUUCUUGUGAGAGAGUUGCCACCACCACCUCCACAACUACAGCAACACCCACCACCACCGUUACUCCAACCACCCCGAUGAAUAAUAAUAACAGUAGCAGUAUUGAGGCCACAUCGAAAGCCACAGCCACAGGUUUGACACUGGCAAGACCUGGCCGGUACUAUCCAUUUUCUCAUAAUAAGCCCACAUCUUGUUGAAAUUAGACACAGAUGAAAAGGGUCCUGUUCUGAAGAUCUGUACAUAUAUAUUUGCAAAGUUUUGGAGAGAAUCUUGAUAGGUAAAUUAAUUCUGAUGAUUGAUUUUGAUGGGUUAAUUACUCAGUAGUUGGGAUCAAGUUCUUGGAGGAGAAACCUUGAAUUAAUAUGGAGAUUUGUAUUCUGGUUUAAUUUUGUCAUAUAUGAAAAAAUUCAUAUACAGUUAUUAAGAAAAAGAAAUUAUAAGAUA